UUUACAUAAAAGAAGCAAAACAAGUUUUGAACAUCGGGAACAAUUAUCAUACAAUGUCUUAUUAAUAUCAACAAUAUAUAAUAAUGUAAUUAGCAAAUUAAAAACUAAAAUUUAAUUCAAAUUGGCUUUGUCGAGCUAGGAUUCAAAUUUAUCGCAUUUCGUUCGCGCUUAUUCUCGUGUAAUGAUGAUAACCUAUACGCUGUCUAAUAAGUACCAACAACUUAGAGUAAACUAAUUAGCCAAUUCAAUUUAAGAACCAUUCCAAUUUGGCUUUCUGGAGCUAUGUUUUAAUGCAGUUCGUGCUUAUUGUGUGUGUGAUUAUGAUGACCUAGUGAUAACCCCAAGUGUGAUUGUUUUCAACAAGAACACACGAUCUAUUUGAAAAGUCAUUCAGAUCCAUAAUAAAGACACACUACAAUACGAAUGUGGUGCCUGUACUUGAUGGCAUUAUGCCUCGCUGUGUGGAAUGUUGACAGCGCGCGCAUUUUGGUAUUCCAAGUGAGUGGUGCAAAGAGCCACACUGUUGUCAUGGAGCCCCUGUUUGAGGAACUUGCCGCCAGAGGCCACCAGCUCACAGUCUUUACUUGUUUUCCACACAAAUCACCAAUACCAAACUUACGAGAAAUCGAUGUAUCUCAUAGGUGGCCACGCACUGUCAGCAAUUUUAGCAUUGGUCUAAUCAAGAGCACUAUGUCAAAUCCCUUCCAAACUUCGAUAUUUAUGAUGGACAUCGAGUUCAAUGUUUGUAAACACGUCCUGCCAGACGAGAAUGUCAGGCAAGUUUUCGAAUCCACUGAACAUUUUGACUUAGUCAUGACUGAAACGUUUUCUGCAGAUUGUUUUGCCCCCUUCGCUUAUAAAUUUAACGCACCUCUAAUCUCCUUUGUCACUAGUAGUGUUCUGCCGUGGCUCUCUGAACGGACUGGCCUUCCAGACAACCCCUCUUACAUUCCAAAUUAUCUCUUGGACCUCACUCCAAAUAUGAGUUUAUAUCAGAGAAUACACAAUUUUGUUGUUCAGAUAUUUGCCAAGUUGGUUCACAAAUACUAUGCAAUUCCCAAAUCGCAAACCUUGAUCACUGAACACUACGGCUCCUCAACUCCACAACUUCACAAACUUAUUCUAAACACUUCACUUCUGUUCGUGAAUAGUCAUAUUUCUCUUGGUCAAAGUCGUCCAUUUCCCCCCAACGUUAUUGAGAUUGGAGGCAUUCACACAAGUAAACCAUCAAAGAAAUUGCCAAAGGACCUGCAGCAAAUUCUAGACCAGUCACCACAAGGUGUAAUUAUGGUGAGUUUCGGAUCGCUGGUCCAAGUAUCCUCCAUCCCUGAUCACGUGAUCCGUAUCUUCUUGAAGGCGUUUUCUUCAUUUCCCCAAACAGUCAUCUUCAAGUAUGAAUCUAACCUUCCAGAAGUUCCAUCAAACGUAGUGAUAAGGAAAUGGCUACCUCAACGGGAGAUUAUUGAACACGAGAAUGUUAAGGCACUUAUAACUCAUGGAGGAUCAGCAAGUACUAUAGAGGCAGUUCACUUUGGUAAACCUCUUAUUGGGAUUCCUAUAUUCGCUGACCAGUAUUUUAACAUAAAAGCAAUAGUGGAACGUGGAGCUGGCGUUAUGCUCAGUUUGGAUAAUAUAUCAGAAGAAGCUGUAAUAUCUGCGAUUCAUACUGUCUUGAAUUAUAACAAGUACACAGACAACAUGAGAAAGCUGUCACAGCAGUUUCGGGACCGGCCGAUGACGCCGCUGCAGACAGCAGUGUACUGGACAGAGUACGUCAUCAGACACCAGGGAGCGCCUCACUUGCGGCCGGCCUCUGUCAGUCUGCCACUCUACCAGUACCUUCUCCUUGAUGUCAUCAUCGUCUUACUUACGCCUUUUCUUAUUUUUUACUGGUUUGCGAAACUAAUCUUUAGGAAAAUGCGUUAACAAUAUUCGGUAAUUUUUAAAAAAGUAAUGUUAAAUCAGAAAUGAGAUAGAGCGUGCAAAUAUUUAUAUUUAUUUGGAUUUGACUUUACAAUUUUAUAAUGGAAAUAGAUUGCUUAGCGACAAAAAUGAUAAAAAUGAAGGAGUUAAAAUAACUUGAACCUAAUAAGUUCAAAUUCAUUCAUUAGCAUGUAUUCUUAUUAAAUUAUGACUGCGUUAUAUCAAGGUAGAAAUAGACAAUAACAACACAUUCUACUCAUGAAAUAAAAAUAACAUACUAUAUUCCAUUUCACCUUCCGCUUAGUGCAGCCUCUGAAAUCUGACACUGUCAAGACUUGACUCCUGAUGAGUCCACGUCUGUUUGAAAAGAUCCAAAAACAUGUCGGUACCAAGACGUUAAAAACCUAAUUUACUCAAAAUUCGCAUUGCAGCAACUCUGCCCACCACAGCCACAUUAUGUGAAGAAUGAAAGUUAGUAUAACAAAUUGUGGCAAAGCAUAUUAUAGUUUCAAUAGUGCAUCAGUUUGAAAUAUGUUGCAUCACAGUUUCUCAGUUCGCCUAAACCCGAACACUGUGAUUGUGAAAAUAUGUAAUGGACUAUUAUUUAUGAAAACCUAGGUUUAAUACCAAAGUAUAAGAUAGAAAGAUUCUCUUGAAAAUACUAGAAUCCCUCCAAACACUAUCAACUCAAUUUACAAAACGGUUCGUAUCUCACAGCAUUUCAGAAUGUACGAAUAUGUGUUUAAACUGUUUUGUAAUGAUUAGUUAUCUUGCCUAUGAGGAACAAAAAACUGUUAUAUGAAAUACAUAAAUAAUAGAGACUAAUCAUAGAUAGGAACAAUUUUGAAUCUGUUUCCUUCAGUAAAUAUUUAUAUUUAAAUUCAAAUCAUUGCGUGGUUGUUUGUGUAUCAGAAUCGGUAUGUGUCAUUUAAUCCCUUGUUUAAAAACGCUCCUUAUACCUUAUUGUGAGUAUUAGGUUCCAUAAAGUUGCUAAUACAUCCCUUUGAUAUUAGGGUAGCAUAAUGGUUCUAAAUAUUCAUUACAAUA